GACGAAGAAAGGAGACCAAAAAGAAACUCAAGACGAGGGACCCAACCUGUCGAAAGAGCUAACAGUAGUAGUAAACGUAGACGGGGUGAGGAAGUGGAGGAAGAGGAGCAAUUGUUUUCUGAAGAUUCCUCAAACGAAGGAUCCGGCAUUCAAUC